AUGUCAACAUCUUUACCUUCAGUGACGACGAAAACAGAGCCCCGCUCUGCCCCUGAUGGUAUGGGCAAUGGGUUGUUCGCAACAUCAAACAUCAAGGUUGGCGAAGAUGUUGUGCAUGCCCGAGUGCCGUUUGUCGCAGUGCUCGACUCACCGCGUCUGGAGGACACCUGUUCCGGCUGCUUUGGAAAGAAGCAGAUGGGCGGAGAGACCGAUUUAAAGGCAUGCACAGGAUGCCGUGUGGUCAAAUACUGUGAUCGGUGCCCUAUCUUCCAGAAGCUCAAGCCCAUGGUUCUCCCAAACAAUGCUCGUGCUCUGUUGCGAAUGGUUCUGCGCACUGGACGCGGUAAAUACAGCGCACGGGAGCUGGAGAUCUUCAAUAAUCUGGAGACUCAUAUGGGCCAGAUUCAAGAAAUUCAAGCCCACCUUGACCGCGUCAAUCUGACUGCCAAGGCCGUCAAGGAAUACUCGCUGAGUGAAAUGUCCCACGAAGACAUCGCUGCCUACGCCGCUAGAGUAAGUGGCCCAUUGUCUCCCAAACAUUCAUGGCUAACAGGAGACUUCCAGUUGGAUCUCAACUCAUUCAAUCUCACCACGGCACUAUAUGACAAAAUCGGAUUAUACUUGCAUCCUUAUGCCUCUCUGAUCAACCACAGCUGUGAUUACAACGCCACGGUUGGAUUUGACGGCGAGGAGAUUUUUGUCAAAGCAGUCAAACCAAUCCAAAAGAACGAGCAAAUCUUCAUCUCAUACAUCGACACCACAACACCCAACGAAGUCCGGCGUAAGGAACUUAUCGAGCGCUACUUCUUCGACUGCCAAUGCUCAAAAUGUGCAAAGGGCAAAGAUUCCCCCGAAGAUCGCUUCUCUGUCCCAGUUGAAGACACAUCGGCCCUCGAAGCAGCCGAACGCCAGGCAUUGGAACUCAUGCAGUCCGCCUCAGCCGACGACGCAAAGCCAGACGAAGCAAUCGCAUAUCUCGAAUCAGCCCUGAACGCCCUCCACAGAGUCUCCAACUGGCCACUACACCGGCAACCCUACGCGUCCAUCCGCGACCAGCUCAUCGUCUCCCUCCUAGCCGGGAACAAGUUCAACAAAGCCUUCAUCCAAGCUGCGGUUCGGUAUCUGCGUGUUGAUCCAGAGCUGUACAGCCCAGCACAUCCGAUCAGACAAAUUCACGCCUGGAUUCUCGCAAAGCUUGCAAUCUACAUUUCUCAAGGCUUCGAGCCUAGCCCCAAAGAUCCGAUCCAGCUACAAGAUUUCGAGAUCAACUUCCACUAUAUCCUGUGGUACAUCCUGGCCGAUCUGGCUAGCAAACAGCUGGAGAGCUGUACUGUGCCGAGCUUCAAGCAAUUGGUUGGGGCCAACUUUGCCCAGGUGCAUAAUGAGUUCAAGUCGCAUGGGAUUGAUCCGAGUACACAAAAGGCCGUUGUUAGUGCCGAGUGGAAGAAAUUGGAGAGGCUUGUUCAGUGUGCAUUAGACACAGAAUAG